ACACAUACAGUUAACACACGCAGGGGACACAAAAAUGCUCGAGCUCAAUAUAAUAAGCAUAAGGAAACGCAACAUGAUUCAAUUGUUCCUCAGGUUACAAUAGAUCAGUCAAUAAAAAACAAACGGAUCAAAAAGACAAGAAGUGCUAGUACCACAAAUAAUCAGGUGACUCACAAGUCAAAUGACUCUGGUCCGAUACAUUUAGGUAUGCCAGAGCAUCAGAAUGUUCCGCAUCAACAGAUAAACCUAGUGGAGGCUCAACAAAAUGACUUUGAUCCAUAUGUACCUCCAUACAGUGAUGAGGGAACUGAGGAUUCAGAAUAUUCCGACGGGUCAGAGGAGGAAGUUGGGCAGUCUGUAGGGGAAGCCAUUAACCACCAUGUCAGGGACAUUGUUUCUGGAGAUAGACAAGUUCCGGGCUUUAUCCACAGCAAUGGACGACAUGCCAUCAGUAGUCCCGGAGCAUCUGUUAGAAAUUUGAACCGUUCUGUCCACAAGCUGCUGGAUGCCUCUAUAGCACCUGCAACAGCUAAUAGUUAUAAGAAUGCUUUACGGCACUAUAACCGCUUUCACAACACAUAUUAUCCGACAGAUAUCAACAACCCGAAUAUGUCAAUUUAUUGCUUAUUGUCAUGACAGGCAAUUCAAGGGUUCGUCUAUCACAUCCAUGGUCUCAGCAUUAGCCUAUGUUCACAAUAUUUGUGAUAGGAAAGAUCCUACAAAAGCAUUCGUGAUUAAAAAAAUCUUAUUUGGUCUGCGUAAAAUUCAAAAUACAGAUAAAAGGUUACCAAUUUCUUAUGACAUCUUACGGCAGUUGGUUCAAGUUUUGCCCCAGGUUAUGGUCGACCCCGAAUUACGUUUACUGUGCCAGACCAUGUUCGUAGUAGCUUUCUUUGCUUUGUUACGUAUAGGGGAAAUUACUGUCACACUAUCGGGGGACCGCAAUACAAUUUUGUUGAAGAAUGUCAGUUUCCAGUAUAUCAAUCACAAACCUAUGAAGGCGUCUUUAGUCUUGGUCAGCUUCAAACAUUCCCAAGGGGUGUCAGCUACAGUAUCAGUUAAACGUCACAAAAAUAAGAACACAUGUCCGGUGCGAUUAUUGCAUAAAUACAUCAACAGUUGCAAUCACACCACAGGAACGUUAUUUAAGUUUCCAUGUGGCCGUCCAGUCACUGACAAUUUUUUUAGAUCUAUUUUACGUGAAUGUAUUCGGAAAUGUAGGUUAGAUUCAGCAUUAUAUACACCUCAUUCAUUUCGUAUAGGGGGCGCAACGCAUGCGUAUGACUGUAAUCUGUCUGAUUCUAGGAUCAGGUUAUUAGGCAGAUGGAAGUCAAAUGCUUAUCAGAAAUAUAUUCGGCCUUCAAAUUCAUUAACAUAGGAGUAUGGGGGUUUGGUAGAGGGAUAUAUCUCCCCUCUUUGGUUUACCAAAUUCAUGGUACUAAUUAAAAAUAGAAAUAGCUUUAUUUAAAAUAAAUACCUCGGAAACAUUUUGCCAGUUUUAGAGGUACUGAUUGUCAUGUCUGUUGGAGCCAGCAUGGCAUGUGACAGUAUUCUUGUCUGGUGGAGCCAGCAAGUUUUGUUAUAUUUGCGGACUUGGACAGAUAUAUAACUUUGAUCUCGUGAAUCAUUUAUUUUACAUUCUUGUGUUAGUUUUGUGCAGUCGGACGACUGAAAAUGACAAUUACAGUAUUACAUGCUUGU